GGUCGGACACCAUUCCCUACAAGUAAUUAUGGUUGUUUGACAACUCCUAGCGUGCAGGUAGUGCGAAAUGUUUAGCGCAAAAUGCAAGUCAAAGGCCAGGUUGGAGGGCCGAACAGCAAUAGUGACAGGCAGUAAUACGGGCAUAGGAUAUGAGACGGCCAAGGAAUUGCUAAAACGCGGGGCUAGAGUCAUCUUGGCAAACCGAGACCUGGAAAAAUCUCAAAAGGCUGGGGAAAUGCUCUGUGCGGAAGUGCCAGCCUGCCAACUUAGACUGCUUCGUCUGGAUUUGGCCUCUCUCAAGUCUGUACAGACGUUUGCCAGGGAAAUUUUGGCUACCGAGUCAAACGUUCACCUUCUAAUCAACAACGCAGGUGUUUUUGCGUGUCCGUACACGCUGACUGAGGAUGGAAACGAGAUGCAAUUCCAGACCAAUCACUUGGGUCACUUUCUUCUCACCCUGUUACUGCUUCCCGCGUUGAAAGCGAGCGCCCCGUCGCGGAUCAUCAACGUCUCCAGCAAACUUCACUGGCUUGGAAAAAUCGAUUUCGACGACAUGGAAAUGAGCAAGACGUACAAACCAACGAAGGCCUACAACCGCAGCAAAUUGUGCAACAUGCUAUUCACAAAAGAGCUAAUAAAACGGCUUCAAGGGACCGGAGUGGUUGCGUAUACUGUGGAUCCAGGCAUGGUGGCCACGGAGGCGACCCGCCACCUGACGGGCACGGCGGCUUCCAUGCAGAAAAAAAUCGAGUUUGCCAAGAAGAGUCCGCUGCAGGGGGCGCAAACUACCCUGCACUGCGCACUCAGCGAGAAGCUGGCUGUGCAAAAAGGAAUGCACUACAGCGAGUGCUCGUCUGCGGCAAUAUCAUGCAGUGCUAAACGCAAGGAGGACGCGGAAAAACUGUGGAAAUUAAGCGAAGAUCUCGUCGCGGAAUUCACCAAAUCGGGUCGGUGUACUUGUUUCAGCACCGUAAUUCUCAUUUUACAGAAAUCCUGCUCGCGAAAAAUGGGCCUUUUUCGCAACGGGACUUGCAAUUCCGACGCAAAGUUGGACGGGAAAACAGUCGUGAUCACUGGAGCAAACUCAGGGAUCGGAUUCGAAACGGCAAGAGAGCUGGCGAAACGAGGCGCCAGAGUGGUGAUGGCCAACCGGAAUAUGGAGCUGUCCAAACGGGCCGCGGAGAAAAUCAGGAGCGAGGUGCCAUACGCCCAAGUGAAUGUGGUCCAACUGAACCUCGCCUCUUUGAAAUCGGUCGAGUCCUGUGCAGACGAAAUUUUGCGCACUGAAUCACAAAUCAACAUUUUGAUUAACAACGCAGGCGUGUUUAUGUGUCCGUUCAUGCUCACCGAGGAUGAUUUGGAGACGCAGUUCCAAACAAACCACCUGGGACAUUUUCUACUCACGCUUUUGCUUCUACCGCGAAUCGAGAGCAGUGCCCCAGCGAGAAUAAUAAACGUUUCCAGCAGUGGGUACAAAUCGGGAAAAAUAAACUUCAAUGACCUCCAGUCAACCAAAAAGUACAAACCCCUGGGUGCAUACAACCAAAGCAAGCUUUGCAACAUUUUAUUUACCCUCAUGCUGACCAAGAGGAUGGAAGGAAAAAACGUGGUCGCGUACGCCGUGAACCCUGGCCUUGUCUACACCGAUAUAACGAGGCACUGGAGCGACCGCGCCAACAGCUGCUUCGCAAGAUUUAAAUGCAUCGCCAAGACGCCCGAGGAGGGGGCGCAAACCACCCUGCAUUGCGCCCUAGACGAGAAGCUGGCCAAUCAGCAAUCGCAAAUCUAUUUUGACGACUGCCGCCCGCAAACAUUGAGAAGGCACGCUACAAACUACAACACUGCGAGAAAACUGUGGGGCGUUAGCGAGGAGCUGGUCAGGGAGUUUCUUGAGGAUUGAUUACCCGCCUUAUUGAAAUUAUUUUAUAAAGUCUCAAAUAGAAUGAUCAGAAACACUCCUAUUGAUAUAUUUUGUUCAUUUAAGAGCGAGAUUGGAGAUAAAUUAUUUAUAUAUUCAAGAUUUUAAAAAUGCCACUGAUAAAGACGCUCAAUUUAAAUGAAAUAAAAUUAAAAGCCUUUUGGCUUCUAACGCAGGAGAAAUUGGAUAAUAAAAAAUAACCGUUUGUACAAACAAAAA